AUAACUAAGUAGAGUAAGAAAAUGUACAGAAGGAAGAAGCAUAUGGAGGAAGUGAAGGUGAUAGGAUUUUGGUCAAGUCCAUAUGUUUACAGGAUUACAUGGGCUCUGAAACUCAAGGCAGUCGCUUAUGAAUAUCAAGAAGAGGACAUUUUCAACAAGAGUGAUUUGCUUCUUCAGUACAACCCAAUGCACAAAAAGGUUCCAGUUUUUGUUCAUGGUGGAAAUCUAAUUGUAGAGUCGGGUAUUAUUAUGGAGUACAUAGAUGAGACCUGGCCGCAGAACCCUCUGGUUCCAACAGACCCUCACACAAGGGCUGCCGCUCGAUUUUGGACAAAGUUUGUAGAUGACAAGAUGCAGAACUUAAUCGGAUUCUACAAAAGAGCUGGAGAAGAGCAAAUUAAGGCAGUGAAAGAAGCCCGGGAGUGUCUCAAAAUCUUGGAGAACCAUGGCCCUGAGGAGAAGAGGUUCUUUGAUGGUGACAAGAUUGGAAUGACAGACUUAUCCAUGGGAUGGCUUGCAUUCUGGCUUGAGCCAAUGGAAGUAGAAGCUGGUGUACAAGUUCUGGAGGCCAAUAUCUUCCCUCGCUUGCACGCAUGGAUUAGAAAUUUCAAAGAGGAUCCUGUGAUUAAAGAAAAUCAUCCUGACCAAACUCGGCUGAUAGCCUAUUUCAAGCAGCUAAGGGAGAAGUUUACCAAGCCCGUGACUCAGUGAGGCAGUGACUACUUGAACUCCUAGUCAUAAUUUCAAACGACAACGCAUGUACCCUACGUAACCAAUAAGAGAACCAAUAAACAAGGAAUGUAUUCACUGAUAUAUUUCAAUAAUGCAUCAAAUACAGUUGUUACUGAAUUGAAAAGGC